CCGACUGGAGGGAUGUGACCCCGGAACAGGACGCCCUCAUACAACAACACACCAUUCAAACAGAGCACAGAAGAAAGAAAAGCUGGACCAGGAGGGAGCCACAGGAGCAGGGGGGAUGAACCGCGAGGAGGCCCCGGGGAAGUCUCCUGAAGACAUGUACAUCCAACAGAAAGUGCGGGUCCUGCUCAUGCUAAAGAAAAUGGGAUCAAAUCUCACGCCGAGUGAAGAAGCUUUUCUCCGGAAUUACGCAGGUGUGGUCCACAGUCAGAUGAGCCAGCUACCACAGCACAACAUAGACCAGGGUGCAGAGGAUGUGGUGAUGGCGUUCUCAAGGUCAGAGACGGAGGAUCGGCGACAGUGACCCUGGGCCCUCCAUCCCACCCCACCUCUCCCCACCGCAUCCUGCCCUGCCCAGCCCAGCUCAGCCCUGUCCCGCCCCAGCCCUGCACGUGGUCCAUAACAACCCAAACUCCACAAAAGGCAACACUGAUGAGCUCAGGAGAGGAGGGGCACCUGUGAGGGACAGAAAAGGAUGGGAAGAGACAGCAGGAGGUCUCUGCCUUUGCCUCUCCCCCAGCCUUUUCCAUCCCGACGCCUCCUCACACAAGCUGACACACCAUUACCUGAGAUGCACUCAAGUGUGUCACUGUGAGUCGAAGCCUUGUCGGUGAAAACACUCACAAGUUGUGUGGAUGAAUAUCAAAUGUAGUUUGUUUUUUGUUUUUUUUAGUAGGGGGGGGGGGGGGGGGGGGGGUAGGUCUUGUUUUGUAUUAUUUUGUCUGUGUUGAGACUUUAGGCAGUGUUACGUGUUAUAUCUGCUGUGGUCACUGAAAGAAUUGACCAGGAAGCAGCUGAUUGAAGCAAAGAGAAAUAUAGUGUUGGUCAAGCAGCGAGUGUGGCGAUUCAUCGUGUUAGGGGAGAGAUUUUAAUUAUUUCCGCUUACCCUAACGGGGCUGAAAUUGUUUUUGAUUUAGCUAUUAUGGUAAAAAGGCUUUCGUGUUCUGUCACACCUGGGGCCUCAUUUACAAAGAUGUCGUGUGCAUAAAACAAAGCUGGAAAAAAAUGCUGCUUUUCACACAGAUGUUGGGAUGUAGAGUUACAGAUGUUUCCGGAGAGCGUCCACACAUUUAUUGGAGGUCCUACACUGACCGCUAAGCUAUAAAAUGAAGGUAAAUGUUCUUCUUAUCCAACUAUCUGCAUCACCUUCCAGUGGUCUCAUCCACUGUCAGGUAAUCUGUAGUAAAACCAACACAGUCGUCAAGUGAGCUCCGGUGACAUCUGACCCUAGAUUUUCUCCCUUUUGCUUUAUAAACGCAGCUCCAACAUGGAAUGAUGAUAUUUGGCUUUCUGAUCACACAGGCUUCACUGCUGCAGUGACCCGCUGCUAUUAAACAGAAGUAUGAACAAAAACAUUUGGUAUCAACAGCUUUUAUUUCAUACUUUGCCAUCUGACUUCUCUGUUUUUCAAAUACAAGAAUGACAAGCUGAUUCAUGUGUGUAUUAUUGCUCAAAACAGGCCUGUCAUUAAUCACUCCUGCGUAAUCAGAGGAGUUAACAGGGCAGGAUAACGAGGCCGUGACAUGAUCGCUAUGAUUUAUGAAUGGAAGAUGGCAUUAAGACGAGCACACGCAGUUUUCUUCUCACCGUUUUUAUAAAUGAGGCCCCGCUUGUUAUUCUGCUGCUUUAUUUUGAACCACAGGCUGUUGAGAGUACAACAAGGCUUUUCUCGUGUGGAAAGUGUAUGAAUUUAAAGACACUAUAGCAGACAUAAUCACAGAAACAUGAAACACAGGUGUACACAUUCUCCCCAAACAAUCACAGGUUUUGGGUUCCUUGUGACGUGUAAAACCUUUUUUUAUUGUACAGAUAGUUGAGGAAAAUACAAUAAUGAAUUGAUUGUGCCAAUUGUAUUUUUUCUUUUGUUGUUGUUUUUUUUUUAUCUGUAAGAUAAAAUUAACAUAUUAAGACAUUUGAUAAGAGACGAGUUGCAGUUGUAAUUUAUUGUUUACUGAAUUGACUCUCUGUUCCUCAAACGCAUCAUUAAAGACGGAGAACCAGUAGAUAGUAAAAGCCUAACACGAGUCGCCGUUUAACAUCAUUGGCGGCUCUGUCUUCACACUAAAGUCAUUUAAAACUCUAAUUUUUAACUACCUGUAACUGAACACGUGAAGCCAAACAUCAGAACUGUCCGCUAUUUCUGACUGUACUGUAUCUCUUGCACUAUUAUCAAUGGGAUAUUUAUAAAAAAAAUACAUUUUGAUAUUUAGCGCAGAGAUUCUUUGUUUGGUUCAAAUGGGGGAAAAAACUUUGUAAUCAUGUUUUUAUUCCUUCUGUGUGUCAAACCGACUCAACUGGAAUAGCUCGAAUGAAUACUUGUUAACAACCGACAUGUUUUUCUAGUGACAUGCUCGAUAUUUAAUGUGUUUUAAGUACAGUUGGUUAACUUGUAUAACUUUAAAAAAAAAAAAAAAAAAAAAAAGGUAAUUGUAACGUAAUGUUUUAAGCCAAGCAUGUCUGCCUCGUGGUUUAUAAUGUUCAUUCAAGUGGCGCCGAGGAUCUUUGACGCCUCGCUGCAUUGACCAUUGUUUGUACAUUCUUGACGUUUGUGUUCCGGGGUUUGAAAAAAAAAAAAAAGGAAAAAAGUGUUAUCCAUUAUAUCUUGUUCGCAAUAACUUCUAUUUGAAUGUCCUCAGCAAUCAUCGCAAUGUAAACGGCCAACAGAUCCGUCACGCUGUCCGCCUAUGACAAAGAAAUUUGUCUUUUUUAAUGUUUACUUUUGUUUUAAAACAUUCUUUAUUUGUCUAUGCAUUGGUUUUUUUCCUCUAAAAGGUGUCUUACUGUACAUUUUACUUAUCAGGGUUGUUCUGCAGCCUCCAUACAAGUUGUGUAUGAAUGUGUGUGUGUGUGUGUGUGUGAGUAUGUGUGUAUGUGCUACCGGAUUUGAUUUUCAGCAUGCUGAGUUCAACUAGGAUCGAUGUAUCUUUUUACUGUGAUGACCUGACGUUGCCUAAUUGUCUUUUCUUUUUUGAUUUUUUUUUUUUUUUUUUAAUGUAUUUUAUUUUCCUCUCAGUCAACAUUGAUUAGUUGGUUUUGUUUUGUAUGGCUGCUGACCAUGUCUUGACCUAAAGCUUCCAAAUCCUAUACCAACUGAACCAUUAAAG